AUGGAUGGAAAGCUUUCUGACCCUGAUAUGUGCACGCAUUUUCCUGUGACGUGGACCGUGAAGGAGCCGAUAGGUGUGUCCCUGUCGGCGCUGCACGGUGGUGUGUGUGAGGACCUGCGCGUGGCUCGUGCUGAGCUGUGCCGAGCGACGGAGGAGCAGCGGAGUGCGGAGCGAGAGAGGGAUGACCUGCAGAAGGAGAGAGAGAGGAUGGAGGGAGCGAUACGCAGCCUGGAGGAGGACAGGGAACGACUGCAGCUGGACAGAGAGGAGCUCAGGUGUGUGAGUGAGUCCCUGCAGCAGCAGCUGAACUCCGCCCAGAACCAGAGCUCAGAGCUGCAGGUGCAGACCAGCCAGCUACAGGUGCAGCUGGACACACUCCUGCAGACCAAAGACACACUAAAGGGGGAGAUCCAGUGCCUCCGCGAGGAGCUGGCGCAAGAGAGGCAGCAGCGGGACGAGGAGAGGAAGGAGGAGCAGGAGGAGCACGAGAGGAGGCGCAGGGACAGCGAGAGCCAGCAGGGGGAGCUGGAGAGGCUGGAGCGGGAGCUGGCCCAGUCGGAGGAGCGGCGCCAGCGAGAGCAGGAGGAGAGGAGGAGCGCGGCGGAGGAGUGGCAGCAGGAGAGGGAGGCGCUGAACGCCGAGCUGGGCGCCCGCGACGGGGAGGUGGAGGCCCUGCGCAAGCGCACGCAGGCGCUGGAGAAGGAGAAGGAGGAGAUCGCCGCCCUGCUGGAGGAGACCGGGAGCGAGCUGGAGCGCACGCAGAGCCGCCUGGGCGCCGAGCAGCGCGGCCUCGAGCAGCGGGAGAAGGAAGCGAGGGAUGAGGCGGAGAAGUGGAGGAGGAAAGCGAAGGCGGCGCAGAAGAGGCAGGAGGAGCUGGGCCAGCGUCUGGAGAAGGAGAGCAAGGCGCUGAAGACGACCGAGAAGGAGAGAGACGCCGCCAACGACCUGCUCAGGAGGAAAGAGAGGGAGCUGGAGGAGCGAGAGGAGGAGGUGGUGGAGGCGAGGAGUCGGGUGGAGGCGCUGGAAGCGGAGCUGGAGAGGAUGGAGGAGGAGGUGCGGAAGAAGGAGGUGCUCGAGGGCCAGCUGGUGGUGCUGGAGGAGCAGAACCAGCAGCUGAAGGAGAAGGAGCGCACGAGGAGGGCCGAGGAGGAGCGACGGCAGCGGAGGAGGGAGUCGGAGGAGCGGCAGAAGGAGGAGAGGCUGAGGGGAGAGCUGGGGCUGAAGGAGGGCGAGACGGAGGCGUUACGGAGCGACGUGGAGGCGCUGCGGAGGGAGAAAGAGGAGGUGUCGGCGCGCCUGGCCGAGCAGGAGUCGGAGCUGGAGAGGACCCGGGUGAAGACGGCGGCCGAGCAGAGGAGCUGGGAGCAGCGGGCGAGAGAAGCGAGGGAGGAGGCGGAGAAGUGGAAGAAACGGGCGGCGGGGGCGGAGAAACAGCGGGAGGAGGUGACGGCGCGUCUGGAGCGAGAGAGCGAGGAGGGCCUGCGGGCGACGGAGAGGGAGAGGGACCGCAUGACGGAGGUGCUGCGGAAGAAGGAGAUCGAGUUGCGGGAGCGCGAGGAGGACGUGGAGGAGCUGCGGCGCCGAACGCUCCUGCUGGAGGCCGACCGGGAGCGUCUGGAGGAGGACCUGCGGAGCAAGGAGGUGUCCGAGGGCCAGCUCCUCGUCCUGGAGGAGCAGAACGCCCAGCUGCGGGAGAGGGAGCGGGAGAAGCGCCAGGAGGAGGAGGAGAGGGAGAAGGAGGAGCGGGAGAAGGAGAGGAAGAUGAGAGGAGAGCUGCGGAGGAGGGAGGGGGAGGUGGAGGCGCUCCGCUCGCAGAUGGAGGGACUGAAGAAAGAGAGGGAGGACAGAGAGGCGGAGGUGGAGAGGCUUCAGGCCAGCCUCAGCGCCGAACAGAAGGUUCUGGAAGCUCAAGGAAAGGAGGCGCGAGACGAGGCGGAGAGAUGGAAGGAGAGAGCGACGCGGGCGGAGAGAGAAAGGGAUGAGGCGGAGGAGAAGAGGAAGAGACAGGAGACGGAGGAGAGGAAGAAAGAAAGGACGACCAGAGGAGAGCUGGAGCAGAAGGAGGAGGAGCUGAAACGUCUCCAGUCGAAGAUGGAGAGAACAGAGAAGGAGAGGGAGAGAGAGAGGGAGGAGGAGCGGAGGAGAGAAGAAGAGCAGGAGGAGGCCUUGAGGAGUCAACGAGAGCUGCUCAGAGAGAGUGAGGAGGAGGCACAGAACUUGAGGGAGACUCUUCAUCGCGAGGAAGAGGAGGGCAGGUCCAGGCAGAAGAGGAGCGAGGAGGAGGUGCAGAACCUUAGAGAGACUCUUCGUCACGAGGAAGAGGAGGGCAGGUCCAGGCAGAAGAGGAGCGAGGAGGAGGUGCAGAACCUUAGAGAGACUCUUCGUCGUGAGGAAGAGGAGGGCAGGUCCAGACAGAAGAGGAGUGAAGAGGAGGUGCAGAACCUGAGGGAAACUCUUCGGCGCGAGGAAGAGGAGGGCAGGUCCAGGCAGAAGAGGAGCGAGGAGGAGUUGGAGCGGCUGAAGGAGAGACUGCAGGAGUUGGAACGUGCCGAGAGAGAACUCGCCCUGAAACUCCAGGAGGCGGAGCUUGACCUGGAGCGCCACUCAGAUAGGCUGAGGGAGACGGAGGAGGAGCUUAAAGACAGGAAGCAGGAAGUGCUCCUGGCUCAGAGUCAGGUGGAAGUGGAGAGAGCGAGAGCGAGCGAAGCAGAGGAGAGGAGAGACGAGCUGGAGGAGGAGACUCAGACACUACAGCAACGGGCCGAGGAGCUGACCCGAGAGCUGGAGCGGUCGUCACAGCAACUAACAGAUAAGGAGGAGGAGCUAAGAGACCUCACCAACCAAUUAGAAGAAGCCUCACAAGAGACCGACCAAUUGAAAGAGACACUGAGCUCGAAAGAGGAAGAGGUGGAGAGACUGUCUUCCCAGCUGAAGGAGGAGAAAAUGGAGGCAGAGAGGAGGAGAGCUCAGCUGCAGGAGCUGGAGAGGGGACAGCGCACCCUGGUGGAGGAACGAGGGACGCGCGCCGCCCGGCUGGGCAGGGAGGUGAAGGAGCUGACGGAGGAGAGAGACCACCUGUCGGCCGACAUCCGGAGGAGAGAGAGGGAGGCGAGCGCCUUGAGAGAGGAGGCGCAGAAGGAGAGGAGAGAGAAGGAGAAGCUGUCCUCGUCGCUGAGAAAGCGAGAGGAGGAGCUGAAGGAGGUGAGGGAGAAGAGAGAGGGCAACGCGAGGGAGGUGCGGGAGUCGAGGGAGAUGGAGAUCACCCUGCUGAGAGAGGAGACGCAGCGGGACAGGAGGGAGAAGGAGAGACUCGCCUCCUCCCUGAGGAAGCGAGAAGAGGAGCUGAGCGAGGCCAAGGAGGCCAGGGAGAGGAUCGAGGAGGAGCUGCGCGAGAAGGAGCGUAAGGAGCGGCGCGAGCGGGACAAGCUGGCCUCCUCGCUCCUGCGGCGGGACGAGGAGCUCCGGGAGGCGCGGGAGAUGAGGGAGGCGGCCGAGGCCGAGGCGAUCGCGCUCAAGCAGGAGGUGUCCGGCCUGGCGCGGGCGAAGGAGCGCGCCGGAAGGGAGGCGCGGGAGCGGGAGGCCGAGAGCCAGAAGAUGCGGCAGGGGCUCCAGCAGGGCCUCAAGGAGAUGGCCGAGCUCAAGCACCUCCUGCAGGAGAGCCACGGCGAGGGGGAGCAGCUCCGAACGCUCCUCGUCCAGCGAAAGGAGGAGCUGACCCGGGGCCGGGAGGACGGGGCGCGGGAGGAGCGCAGGAGGUACCAGGAGCUCCAGAGGGAGCUGUGCCAGAGGGAGAGCCAGCUGAGGGUGGCCCAGGAGGAGGUGGCCCGUCUCAGGGAGAGGGAGGCCGAGGCGGAGGGGGAGGCGAGGAGAACCAGGGUGCAGCAGGAGGUGCUGGAGGAGAGAGUGAAGCAGCUGCUCCUCAGGGAGCCGCAGCUCAGAGACGCUCAGGAGGAGGCGAGCCGACUCGGGGAGAGACUUCAGGCCAUGGAGGAGGAGGCGGACGCCGAGGCGAGGAGGAGCAAAGCCAAGGAGGAGGCGCUGCUGGAGGAGCGAGACCAACAGAGGGGCCUCAGGGAGAAAGAGCUGAGGGCAGCCCAGGAGGAGGUGCGGCGUCUCAGGGAGCGGGAGGAGGAGGCGCAGGGGGAGGUGAGGAGAACCAGGGCCCUGGUGGAGACGCUGGAGGAGCAGAGGAGAGAGCUGAGCAGCGCAGCCGCCGAGAGGAGCAGGGAGGUGGAGGAGGCGAGCGAACGCGUGAAGGAGCUGGAGGAGAGGAUGGAGAGAGAGAGGGAGGAGCGGAGAGCUGAGGUGAGGAGGUGGGAGGAGAAGAUCGAGACGCUCCGACGAGAAGGGGAGGAUGAAGAGAGGAGGAGGAGAGAGGAGAGGGAGCUGACCGUGGCCAGGCUGACAGAGAAGGAGCGAGAGAUCGCCCGGGUGAGAGAGAGAGCGGAGGAGGUGGAGAGGAGGAGAGAAAGACUAGAAGAGACGGCGAACGAGUGCAGCCAGCGAGCGGAGGUGGCGUCACGUACCCUCCGGGAGCGAGAGAGGGAGCUGGAGGGAGCGAGGGAAUCUGUCCAGCGAGCAGAGAAGGAGAAACAGACGCUACAGGAGGAGGUGAAGGAGAGAAAGAGGGAUGCAGAGAGGCUGAGAGGAGAGGUGGAGCGAGCGGAGAAGGAGAAACAGACGCUAAAGGAGGAGGUGAAGGAAGGAAAGAGGGAUGCAGAGAGGCUGAGAGGAGAGGUGGAGCGGCUGGAGAUAGAGAAGAGUGGCGAGGAGCAACAGCUAGAGGGCGCCAGACUGCACCUCGGCCAGCUGGAGAGAAUGAACCAGGCGCUCCGGGAGAAGAUGAAGGAGGAAGAGGACGAUAGGAGGAAGAGGAAGACGAAGAGAGCAUCGGACGAAACGGACCGAGACGGCGGCGCGACGAACAGGUCCCGCGAGACGACGGAGAGAGAGAAAGAACGAGAGAGACUCCGUGAGGAGCUGGCGCGAACGGAGGACGAGAUUCGCCUGUGGAAGACUCGCGCCGAGACCUUGGAGCUGGAGGUGAGGCAGCUGAAGAGAGAGAGAGAGAAAGACACAGAGAACGAGAAAGAUGGAGGAAGAGAGAAGGAGAAAGAGGAGGAGGAGGACGGCGGCGGAGAUCGCGAGCGUCUGACGGAGCGCUUGUCCUCGCUCCUGCUGGAGCGCGAGGAGGCCAGGGAGGCGCUGAGGAGGCGCGAGACGGAGGUGUACGAGCUCACGGAGAGGAGCGACGAGCUGGCCAGGGACCGCCAGCGAAUCAGGGCCGCCCUGGAGAAGACAGAAGCCGCGCUGAUUGACUAUCAGGAGAGGGUGCGGCAGAUGGAGGCCAAUGAGAGAGGAGCAAGGGCGGAGCCUGUCCAUCAUGACCGUGACUCUGCAGUGGCGUCGGAGGGCGUGGGGGGGUUGGGUGGUGAUGUGGGGGGGUCAGAGGUCGCCGGCGGCAGCGGGCGUCUGGGGGCGAUGCAGCGGGCGGUGGCCCAGCUGGAGGUGGAGCAGCGGAGACUGCAGGGCAGGAACACACACCUGGAGCAGCGCGUGCAGCGACUACGCACCGAGAGGCAGACCCUCAGGGACACACUCCGACAGGUGGAACAGGAGAGAGGCCGCCUCCAACAGCAGCUGUCCCGCUCCCAGUCCGGGACUCAGGCUGUUGGCCUGACCGAGGGAGACGAUGUGGAGGCCUUAAGAGCACGUGCCGCUGAGUUAGAGGAACAGGUCCACCACCUGCGUCUAGUGCUGGCCGUGGACCAACAGGAAAGGUCAAAGUUCAUCGAGCGCUCUCAGAAGAAUAACCAGAGACUGGAGGCGCUGCGACAGGACCUCAACCAAUCACUGGCUGCCGUUUCCCAGCAGCCCGUCCCGUCCGUGUUUGAGUCUGAGACACAUCGAUUGGACAGGAGUAUUAGGGAGGAGGAGCUGUGGAUGUCUCUCAGCCAAUCCUGAGAGAGGUUUCUUCACAGGGUAAAGGUAUGAUGAGCUCGCUCACUCAGUCUCUAAUGUGGAUACAUUUUAUCAUCAGAAAAUGUUACAAAUAUUGUUGUUUUUCAAUUUGUAAACUUUUUUUUUUUUAGUCUAAGCACAUUCCUCUCGUCUGUCCAUAUCUAUGAAUGUUGUUCUUAUGUAGCAUAACUCAGGGGUAGUUAAUGUGAAUUAGACAAAAGCACAAGCAGCAUUUUUAUUUUUUUUGUAUUACAUUAAUCUGUAUUUAUUCAGUCAUAUUUAUUUCUUUUAUAUUGUUUUUGUAAUCCAUAAUAGCAUCUUAUGAACAGUGUUCUCAUGUUACAUGUUAGAUUUGUAUUAUUUUGUUUACUUGCUCAUAUCUAGAUUGUGAACUCUCUUUUUUAUUUACAUAUUUAUAAAUGUGCUAUACUUACAAAAAUACAGGGUUGUUGGCCAUUAUUUGGGUACUAAUAACAAGUUUGUUCAACAUCAACAUGCUUUUGUUUAUGUCCAGUGUUAUUUAUUUUAUUUCAUGUAGCAAUGAUAAGCAAAAGCAAUCACAAUUUUUGUAUUCAA